UGAUACACGGGGGCCAGUUGCUGAAUGGUUUGGCUGGCCCUACCAUAAUGAGCGCCGGCCCCUUCCUCUCCACCACAUGGUUCGCCCCGGACCAGAGAGCCACAGCGACGGCCGUGGCCUCCCUCUUCUCCUACCUGGGGGGCGCUGCUUCCUUUAUAAUCGGACCUCUGGUGGUCCCGGCCCCCAACAACACCCAGACGUUCACCUCUACGGUAUCAGUGGGUGACGAGAACUUCAUCCGAGAAAGAAUCCAGAUGGUUAUGUAUGCAGAGUUAGCAGUGAUUGCUUUGCUCUUCGUGGCCGUCCUGAUUUAUUUCCCGGCCCGUCCACCCGUCCCUCCCAGUGUGGCGGCUGCGAGCCAGAGACUCAGUUACAGGAGCAGCAUCUGCAGACUUCUGAGUAACGUGCGCUUCCUGAUGAUAGCGCUGGCCUAUGCUGUCCCCACAGGAGUGAUCGCCGGCUGGAUCGGAGUCCUGGACAUGGUGCUUACACCCGCUAAAAUCAGCCAGGUGGACGCCGGUUGGAUUGGUUUCUGGUCGACUGUCGGAGGAUGCGUGUUUGGAGUGGCAAUGGCCAGGUUUGCAGACUCCAUUCGGGGGAUGCUGAAGCUGAUCCUGGUGCUGAUGCUGGCAGGAGCCUCUCUGUCCUCCACCUGGUUCAAUCUCACCUGUCUAUCAUUCACUCACCUCCCCUCCACCGCAGCCAUCCUGUACACUUCCUGCAUCCUGGUGGGCAUUUUCAUUAACAGCAGCGUGCCAAUAUUCUUCGAGCUCUUAAUCGAGACUGUGUACCCGGUCCCUGAAGGCAUCACCUGCGGACUGGUCACCUUCCUCGGGAACCUGGUCACCGGCCUGCUGCUCUUCUUCCUCACCUUUUACUGUACAGACCUGUCGUGGUUGAACUGGUGUCUGACCGGCUCGUGUCUCUUCAGCCUCGUCCUCAUCCUCUUCUUCAGGGAGUCGUACGACCGCCUCUACCUGGACGUCUUCGUCUCCGUGUGACACUGCUGAGGACAACAACAACAAACAAACAAACACUUAAGGACUAAAUAAUUAAUCUUGCACAAAGAGGAGGCGAAGGGAAAGUGGAAACCCCCACACUCUUAUUUUAGAUUUUAGGACGUAAAUGUAUAUUGCUAACAGUGGUGAUGGAUUGUUUACUCUUUUACGUCUCGAUGCCAUGUGACUGUUUAACACAUCAUUUCCUAACAGGCACAGCACGACGGACUGUUAGAGCCCGUUGUUUACACAUCAUGUCAUAUUUCUUUCAUCGUGUUUUCGAGCCACUUGACGCUGACAAACACAACAAGCUUCUGACUCCAGAUCAGCAUCGAGUGUCGACCCCUAACGAGGAAGUAAAGCUUCAUCAGCCAAUCAGCAGGCCUGGAUUUGUGCUGAGUCGGGGCUAAACGGGCGCCCUCCUGCUGUUUUAGUGCUGCUCCAAACCUCUGAGACUGUCAUUGAGAGGCAGGUACUUGUAUCAUGUUGUAUGGCCCUCUCUAGAUGAAUAUUAUGCAAAAAUGAUUUACCAAAUUCAUGACUGGAUGCUGGCCAAGGAAAGGAGAAAUAUUCUGAACUGAUUAUUAUGAAUAAUCGUGUCAAUUGUUGGGGAGAUUUGCUUUUAAAACUUUUUUUAACGGUCUUUUUAAACGUUUUACUCAGUAUCUUGCCAGUAUUUAUUGGAAAUGUCUCAACACUAACACAGUCGCUGAAACUGGAUGUUUGGUGACGAUUUAAUCCUAAAGGAAAUCACUUUAUUAAACAGGCGUGAGGAUUACGUCGUAAUUGCCGAGCUGCUCCUCCUCCUCCUCCAAAGCACCAGCAGGUGUCUCCGAUGAGAGUCGACGGACGACGAAACCUGAAGGGGGAAAGGAAGUCGCUUUUUUCUUGGAUUCCUCGACUGACAAAACUGGAGCGGUGACAAAAACCAGUUCCAGACGAAACCACAAAGAAACACAUGAAGGCGAAUUCAAAACGGACUCUCUAACAUGUCCAUAGUCUGUCUUUGUCUCGUUCAGCAGCUAUAGGACGUGUUUGCCGUGUGUCCCUCGGGUCCUUAACGUCUUCCCUGGUGCUUGUUUUCUAUUUUUUACUCUCCUUGUACAGAAAAAGGUUGUCUUUGUACCUUUUUUGACAUGUUGCCUUAAUUGCCUAGUGCUGUGCGUUCAGCCCCCCCCCCCCCUCUCUCUACCACACUGUGACUCUUUUAUCUGUAUAUAUUGUUAAAGGUCAUGUACUUGUGUCUUGCAGCACUCUCUCUCUCUGUGGUUAUAAAUGUCCUUGUUCUGUGAAAAAGGAAAAAGAACAAAUGUGACUGUUGAAUAUUUCCAGCACCUUAUUAAAAUAAACAUUUUAAGAUUAA